AUACACUUGUUUGGUUGUCACGAUUUCUUUCUGGAACACCAAUUUGACUUGGACUUUUGAAUGUGCGACCAUAUAAAUAAUGAGAGCAAUGUAAGAAGUGGCUUUACUUUCUAAGUCAUGGAGUUGUAUCUAGUCCUAGUUCUACUGGCUUUCUCCGAGGCUGGACCAGCAGCCAGACAGCUUGAUAGUUUAACAAAGAGUCGAUAUGAGAAAAUAGAUUAUCCAGGCUGUGGCCAAAGACGUGUUCUUAGUGAUAAUGGUGUCAAUGAAUUAAAUACUAGAAUCGUUGGUGGCUUUGAAUCAGUACCUUAUUCCUGGCCAGGAAUAUGCAGUUUGAGACAGUCGACAUCUUCCACAUCCCACAUGUGUGGUGGUAACCUGGUCAAAAAUUUGGCCGGAGAAUAUUUCUUCAUAACUGCUGCUCACUGCACAACCAACAGACGUGCUAGUGCUUACGUGGCCUACUGUGGUAUCCACGACAGAACAACUGUCGCACAGCCCAACAGAGUUAUUAUCUACUUCUCUGAACUUUACGUCCAUAGUUUGUACAACAGUAACACGUUAGAUUACGACAUCAGUAUAUUCAAAGUCAUGACAGCAUUACCCACUAACAACUAUAUUGAUGCUGUUUGUCUACCUAAUGAAAACUGGAAUGUUGGUGAGAAAGCUAUCGUGGCUGGAUGGGGAACUCUGUCAUCAGGGGGUGUAUCUCCAACAAAACUUAACCAAGUCACCAAACCAAUCAAAUCUAGAGAAACCUGCAGACUUCGUUAUGGCACUAGUGCUAUCACACUACGCAUGCUCUGCGCUGGUCUUCCUGAAGGUGGCAUUGAUUCCUGCCAGGGUGACAGUGGUGGCCCUCUGUACACUUACAGAUUCGGAAGAUGGACACUCACAGGAAUUGUAAGCUGGGGCUAUGGCUGUGCACAGCAAUUGAGACCUGGAGUCUAUACAGAUGUGAUUGAAUUAAAGGAUUGGAUUAAUGGAAUCAUCAACCUUUAAAGAGUUCAUAACAAGUUCCGCCACACUUUUCAAAUGUUCAAUAACAAACAAAUAAAAAAUAAUUCCAUUCUGAA